UACAUUCGGUUAUACGGUCACGCUGCAGAAAACAUAGAAUAUCUGUCGCGUUGUCAAAUUGUUAAAACAAUUUGUUUUUUAUUAUUUAUUUCAUUCUUGCCAGGCAAGUUAAAUAGGAAUUGAUUUAAAUAAGGCAAGCACCAUGACCAAGAAGGACGAUAAAGCACAGCCCGCUGAGGAGCUGGUUAAGGUGAACAAGUGGGACGGCUCUGCAGUGAAACAUGCUCUGGAUGAUGCCGUGAAGACCUGCCUGCUUGGUGAUCGUCCCCACCUAAAGGAACAGUUCGGCUUGGUCAACACUCGGCUAGUGCUCUGCGCUCUGGCCGUUGGCGUUGCCAUAAUGGCUCACGCCUGGGAUUUCACCCAUCCGUUUCCGCAGUCGAAGCCGGUGCUCCUAUUCAGCGUGCUGGCCUAUUUUGCGCUCAUGGGCGUCCUAACGCUCCAUACCACGUUCCGAGAGAAGGGCACCUUUGUUGUGGCCAUCCAGAAGGAUGCCGGCAACAAGACAUCACGAACCUGGGAGGCGAGCUCCGAUAUGAAGAAAUAUGACGACAAAUACAUACUGACGCUGUGUGUGCGAGAUGGGCGUGGCCAGCGUGAACAGACGAGCACCAAGUCGUGUGCCGCCUUCAUCGACACCAACGGCAUCAUUCUCGAGAAUCUGGUGGCCAACGAGGUGAAUCGACUAUACAACUCGCUCGCAGCCGAGAAGAAGGACAAGUAGCUUCUAGAGUCGCCGCCGACGACGCCGCCGUCGAUGCCGCCGUCAUCCACCCAAUCGCUGAUUGUCUAAAAUAUUUUCUGCUUUCCAACGA